AUGUCCAAGUUUUACGAAUUAGCACCAAGUGAUAAAAAAGGUGAACCAUAUUCAUUCUCUCAAUUAGAAGGCAAGGUUAUCUUGAUUGUCAAUGUUGCUUCAAAAUGUGGUUUCACUCCUCAAUAUAAGGAAUUGGAAGAAUUAUAUCAAAAACAUAAAGAUGAAGGUUUAGUUAUUUUAGGUUUCCCUUGUAAUCAGUUUGGUCACCAAGAACCAGGUAGUGAUGAAGAAAUUGCUCAAUUUUGUACCUUGAAUUAUGGUGUCACCUUCCCAAUUAUGAAGAAGAUCGAAGUUAAUGGUAACAGUGUAGACCCAGUUUAUGAAUUUUUGAAGAGUCAAAGGGCUGGUAUCCUAGGUUUCAGAGGCAUUAAAUGGAAUUUUGAAAAAUUCUUGGUCGACAGAAAAGGUGAAGUUUAUGAAAGAUAUUCUUCUUUGACAAAACCAGCUUCAAUUGAAGGUGACAUCGAAAAAUUGUUAAAACAAUAA